AUGUUUCAAGAUUGCUGUCAGUUUCAUCAAGCGAAGGACGGCGAUGGAUGGGUCGAAUAUAAGGGGUCUUUAGUUUUUGACAGGCCUCAAAAAGUGGAAAUCCGCGUGCUUUCGUUUGUGCGGAGAGUAAAAUAUUUGACGUAUUGGAAUGGGCUAUAUGUCAGGUCAGUAUACUCUACAAAACAAUUAAUGGUUCUGUUUGUGGCGCUUUAUGUCACUGCAUUAGGGACUGGAGGUUUGAAAUCCAGUGUUCCUGGCUUUGGUUCAGAUCAAUUUGAUGCUACUGAUAAACAAGAGAAGAAGUAA